ACUCCUUUGGCUGUCUAACAUCUUUCCUUCUUCUGCUUUACUUCUUCCUCGUCCUCUCCCUCUACUUACUGGCGUCCAUUCAUUAAAGUCCAUAUUGUCCUCCUGUGUGUCCAUUCUGAACCAUUCACACACCAGUUUAAGCCUUUUACCGCCACUUCCAAAACUGAAUAAUCUCUCAGUAUCUAUCUGCUCGAUACUGUUAAUAAAAUUUAAUCCCGGCAGCGAUUCCGGGCAGUAAAGUGAGGUGAUGUCGCGGUUUUUCCAACCUGUCUUUUAACCACGCUAUAAAGAAACAGGCCUUUUAAUUCCACCACUCCACCCGAUACAUCUGCUUAUGUAACUGAGUAGAUGUGGCGCACGACUGUUCUUCUUUCGCUCUGGUUUAAACAUUUUGAGCUAUUUAACAUGGCGCCGGGAAGCAGACACGUCGACACCGGAAGUGGGUCAGCCGCCGCGCCUGCGCAGUGGCUGUGCCAGGUUCCCUGUAAAGAUGUCUGAGCAGGCGGGGAGGGAGCGGAGCGGACCACUCGAAACCAGCGCGGAGAAGCCUCAACGGUCUGCUGUUUCACCGCCCAGGGUAAGAGCAGCAGAGCCCGUAUGGCUCGUCCGAACACACCGACAGUCGGCGGAAGGUUUCGUAUUGCGGAUGGACGAGGUUCCGGGGCUGCGGAGCCGAAGGGUCGACAUUCUGGAGAUGACAUGUUGGUAAAGGCGCGUAUAGCUGUAGCAGGGGCGUGUCCGCCAUCUUUUAAAAGAGAUGGAUCUUAGCAGCAGCGAGUCGGAACUCAGAGCCCGACAAAACCUUUUAUUAUCCACCGUCACAGGGGCUGCGGGGUCAGGCCGCCGUGUUAACGGGGAAUUGUCACACUUUCAGGCGGUCCGGGUGCUCCGGAGAAUUGUUGUAAUCACCGCGGUCUCCGAGAAAGGAGCGCGGGCUUCGAGCAGCAGCCGCAGCCUUUUGUUGUCCUCCUCCCCCUCCUCCCUGUUUGCUCUGGCUCACAGCGCGCAUGCGUGUAACCAUGGCGCUCAUUCCUGCGUUUGAGAAGAAAAACAACCGAAAAUCUUAAAACCGAAAGCUAGUCGAUCUGAUCACAUCAGCUCUUGGUCGACCAGGUUUUAUGUUUAAAGGGAGGAUUCUUUCUUUUAGCCCUCCAGACAGACAGUGAAUGUUCCAGACACAGGUAGUCCGGAUCAGUCCAUCAGAGCUAUGGUCCACAUGACUGUGACGAGCAGCUGAAAUGUCCAGUAACAGCCAGGGAUCUAUGAAGGGGGAGGCGGCCACCGUGGCUCCUCCUUCUGGGUCUGCCUCCUCUCAGGGACCGCCUCUUUCUCCAUCCACCACCUCCAAAUCACCUGAGCUUCCAGAUGAGUUGGUCCAGGCCGGAUGGUCCAAGUGUUGGUCUCGGAGGGAGAACCGGCCGUACUACUUUAACCGAUUCACCAAUCAGAGCCUGUGGGAGGUGCCUGUGUUGGGUCAGCAUGAUGUCAUUUCUGAUCCGCUGGGUCUCAACGCAGCUCCUGCAGAGGGUGGAGAUGGUAACCUUGGAAACGGCCAGAGGAAGAGGAGGAGCUCUGAAGAGCAGGGAGCAGGACCUAACAGUUUUAAACGAACCAAGGUGGAACCAACUACGCCCAUCUCUCCCAGCACGCCGGGAGUCAAACCAUGGAGCUCUGCCCCAGAUGAGAAGCAGGUUCCAACAACUACUCCCACAACUCCCAGUCCAGCCCCUGCCCCAUACAGACCAGCUGUGAUCUACUGGGAUCUUGAUGUUCAGACCAAUGCUGUGAUCAGAGAACGCUCAGCAGCCAAUCAUCUGCCGUCGCACCCUGAGAUCGAGCUGCAGCGCGCGCAGCUGGUCACCAAGCUGAGGCAACACUACCAUGAACUGUGCCACCAGAGAGAAGGUAUCGAUCCACCCCGGGAGUCCUUCAAUCGAUGGCUGCUGGAGAGGAAAGUGAUCGAUAAAGGUCUUGACCCAUUAUUGCCGAGCGAAUGUGAGCCCGCUGUCUCUCCGUCAAUGUUCCGGGAAGUCAUGAACGACAUUCCCAUAAGGUUGUCCCGUAUCAAGUACAAGGAGGAGGCUCGGAAGCUCCUGUUUAAAUACGCUGAGGCUGCCAAGAGGAUGAUAGACUCCAGAAAUGCAAGCCCAGAGAGCAGGAAGGUGGUGAAGUGGAACGCUGAGGACACCAUGAACUGGCUGCGCAGGGAUCACUCCGCCAGCAAAGAAGACUAUAUGGACCGCCUAGAACACCUGAGGCAGCAGUGUGGGCCUCAUGUCACUGCUGUCGCCAAAGACUCUGUGGAAGGAAUCUGCUCCAAGAUCUACCAGCUUUCAGCCGAGUACAGCCGUCGCCUAAGACAGACACACCUGAGCCUGCUGCAGGACCCCUCCACAGAGACGUGUGCGUCGCCACCUCAGUCGCGGCUUGUCUACUGUUACCCAGUUCGCCUUGCGAUCCCCACACCCGCCCUGCCCCGGGUGGAGCUGCACUUUGAGAACGAUGUGGCGUGUCUUCGCUUCAAAGGAGAGAUGGUCAAAGUCAACAGAGGACACUUCAGCAAGCUGGAGCUGUUGUACAGGUACAGCUGCAUUGAUGACCCUCGGUUUGAGAAGUUCCUUGCCAGAGUUUGGUGCCUCCUAAAGAGAUACCAGGCGAUGUUUGGCAGUGGCGCUAAUGAAGGGUUCGGUCUACAGGGAGCGCUGCCGGUGACUGUGUUCGAGGCGUUAAAUCGACAGUUUGGAGUCACCUUCGAGUGUUUUGCCUCGCCGCUUAACUGCUACUUUAAACAGUUCUGCUCGGCCUUCCCCGACAUUGAUGGCUUCUUCGGAUCCAGAGGGCCCUUCCUGUCCUUCAGUCCAGUGAGCGGCUCAUUUGAAGCCAAUCCCCCGUUCUGUGAGGAGCUGAUGGACGCCAUGGUGACCCACAUUGAGGAACUGUUGGAUCAGUCUUCCGAGCCUCUAUCCUUUAUCGUCUUCGUUCCUGAGUGGCGUGACCCGGUGACUCCAGCUCUGACCCGGAUGGAGGCUAGUCGAUUUUUGCGACACCAGCUGAACAUACCGGCCUAUGAACACGAGUACCGCUCUGGGAGUCAGCACAUCUGCAAGCGGGAUGAGAUGUACUACCGGGCCGUUCAUGGUACUGCCAUGCUCUUCCUCCAGAAUGACGCAGGAUUUGUGAAGUGGGCUCCGACACCAGAACGUCUGGCUGAGCUGACAACGGCGUACCGCCCGUCUCUGUCCCGCACUUCCUCGCUGCCCUCCCCUGGCCCUGCCCAAUCGGCUGCUGGAGACAGAGACUCCACCCCUAAGGCCUCUGAUAGGACACCGAGUGGGAUGAUGUCACCUGGCGGCCAUGACAACAAUAACAACAACAAUGGCAGCAGCAGCAGCAGCAGUAGCAGCAGCCCUCAGGACAAGCUCACUGCUAUGUAGAGGGGCGUGGUCACUGCAGACCACGCCCCUCUACGUAAUGUAAAUCUGUGUUUAUGAACGUCACUUGGUCCUCUCAAAUUGUCCCUCACCAGCACCUGUAGCACAUCCUCACCUCUUAACGAUAAUCUACCACCACCAUCGGGGGCAGCGGAGCCUCAUUUAAACUUCACUACGUCUUUUUAGUUAGUUGGCUGCUCUGAUUGGUUGAAGAUCACCUGAAGCUGAGUGAUGUCAGCGAGUAUAGAUAAUAGGAAGCACUUGAUGAACUGCUUCAGAGGUCCAGCAAUAAAAGCCCACCUGUGAGGAGUCCCCUGAUUUGUCCCUUCUUCCCUGAGGCUGGUGAUUGGUUCUCAUGGCAGCUGUCAUUUCUGGGACUUCUUUAUUUGAGUCUUAUCUCCUCUUCAGGAAGGAGAAGGUAGAAUCCAAGCUGGAUUGUGAUUGGUGAGCAGGAGCAGAGGGGGACAUCAGUCUAAAAUGUAACGAGUCAUUUGGGUUUCUCCUGCCUGUCAUCAGAAUCCCUAACCAUACCGUUCUUAUAAUCAGAACUAUUGGGUCUUCCGGUCCCAACCCUCUUGACCAUUAGAUGGAUUCUGACAUUUACUCUCAGUUUACAAAAAUCCAAACUUUCUGUGGUGUUUUCAGUCUUUAAGAGCUUCAGUCCGACCCAGAUAUUUUCAGAUCAGUUUAGUCCCAUUUGUUCCAGUUGAAUCAAGUACACUCUUCUCUAAUCUAGUUCAGUCCAGUUCAGAUUAUCUGAUUUAGUCUGUGUUUUAUUUCUUUGAUCCAGUGGAAUCUGGUUCAAAACCAGUCUGAUCUAGUUUAAUUUGGUUAGACCAGAUCGGAUCUGGUACAUGUUUGUUAGAUCCAGUCCAGUCUCGCCUAAUUGGAACCAGUCAGAUCCAGUCUGAAUGGGUUAGGGUUCUGUAGGGAUGGGUUAUUUUGGGUUGAUCAGGUCUCGUCUGGGUUGAUCUGGAUGGGAACCAGUUUGAUUUGUUUGAAGCCAGUUUGUCUGGCUGUUGUUUCCAUCUUUAAUAGGCAUCUUCAGUGCUCUCUGAUUGGCUGGUGGUGGACCUAUCAGGCGCCUGUCUGUGUGUAGAUACUGUACAGCUGGACUGAUGUGAGGUUUGUUGAUGUUUGUUUUGCUGUUGAACAGUUUUUAUUUGGUCUAAUUUAACCUUUUUAAAGAGAUGAAAUGUGUUUGUGUGUUUUCAUUCUCACAGUUUGUUUUAACCAAACCAAAGUGUAAUAUGAUGUAUAUGAGUGUGUACAGUAGAGCUGUGUAUGACUGACAGCAGGGAUCCUCUGACUCUGUGCAUGAAAUCGCUGGACUCUGAACGUUUGAUACUUGGAGGUGGCAGAAGUUCAGACCUCGACUUGGAGUCUGCUCCACCGUCCUUUCAGCUUCAUUGUAAAUUCAGUUUGUCCUUCAUACUGCCUGCAGAUAACCUGCAGCUUCUCUCCUAGUAAAAAUAUAUCCAGCCAGAACAAA